AUGGCGCCCUUUAGGCAACAGCAGCCGCAGCAACCGCUGCAGGAGAAUGAUCCACAACCCCAGCACCCGCAUCAGGUGCAACAACAACAGCAGCAGCAGCAGCAGCAGCAGCAGCAACUACACCAGCGGCAGCUGCAGCAACGGAAUGCUAGGCGACCCCUCACGGGAGAUCAGAAUAUCCCCACCAACAGAAAUAACCAGCAGCGCCUGUUAGAGUCUGCAACGGCUGCUCCAGGUAGUCCUGCAGCAGUUGCUGGAAUUAUGAAUGCAGCGCCUGCAGCAGCAGCAGCAGCAACAGCAGCAGCAGCUGACCCUAUCCGUCCUGAGCUUUCCACGCAUGAACCCCUGCCGACGCAACAAGUGGCGCCGCAGAGGUUAUCAACAGCAGCAGCAGCAGCAGCAGCAGCACCAAGAGCAGCAGGAGCACCGACAGCAUACGACGUAGCUUUCUCUCUACACGACAGCAGUCUUCCUCCUAGGGUAGACUUUCUUCCUCCUUUCCCUCAUCGUCUGCUGCGCGGAUCCAACGCAACUCUGCAACAGCAACAACGACAGCCCCUGCAGCGUCGGGAGCAGCAGCAGACACAGCAGCAGCAGCAGCAGCAGCAGCAGCUUCUACACCCCAUACAGCAGCAGCAGCCGCAGCAGGAAGAGCAACUGUCUUGCCUCCCUUCAAUUCAGAACGAGGAAGCCUCUACGGACGGUGGUGCUCGGCCAGCUCCCGCAACUCGACCAGCAGCAACAGCAGCAACUGCAGCAUCAGCAGCAGCAGCAGCAGCAGCAGCAGCAGCAGCUCCUGGUACAGCACGGUGGCAGUGUGUGCGGGGGCGCCCGGAUACCCGAGGUGAAGGCGCGCAGCAGCAGGAGCGGUGGGGGAACCACGAGCAGCAUAGACGGCGGCGGCUGCAGCAGCACCAGCAGCAUCUGGGGCCGAAUCAACAGCAGCAGCAGCAGCAGCAGCAGCAACAGCAGCAGCAGCAACAUGCUCACCUGCGUCGGCUCGCCGGGCAUCAGCUGGCUCAGCAGACGCGACUGCCGCAGCAGCAGAUGCUGCAGCAGCAAAUAUGCAGUGUAUGCUUUCCCUUCACUUGUGGGUGCAUGAGCAACGAAAUUGUCGCUCGUGUAGCAGCUAACAGCAGCAGCAGCAGCAGCAGCAGCAGCAGCAGCAGCAGCAGGACCGGCGUAAACAGGGGAUCCAUGUAUGGUUUUUCUCCUGGGUUGACGGGAGAGUCGCUCGUGUAG